AUGAAGUUGAUUGAGGCAUCACAUAAUUAUUUAGAUAAGCUUUUAAAUGACGUCAUUGGAAUUAAAUCGCUUUUACUUGAUAGCACCACGAUAAGCUACAUAAGUUCAAUUACCUCACAAACCAAUAUACUCAACAAGGAAAUCUAUUUGAUCGAUAAGAUUGGUAAUAGGAAUAGACAGCGUAUAAGUCAUUUGAAGUGUAUUGUCUUCGUUACUCCAACUGCACAAUCCAUAGACAACCUCUGCUUGGAACUAUCGAAUCCACUCUAUUCGCAGUACUACUUGUACUUCUCAAAUACUCUCACCAAAUAUCAAAUUGAGAUUCUUGCUUCAUCAGACACCUACUCUGUUGUUAAGGAAUGUCAGGAGUUGUUCCUAGACUACUUAACUCUCAGUGACUGUCUUUUUUCACUCAAUUUCAUUCCAACGAAGCACAAUCUAUACUCAACUAACCCUGAUGCUUGGAAUAAUCACUCUUUGAACUCAACUACAAACUCACUUACAGCUCUCCUUCUCUCUCUCAAACGCAAACCAAUCAUUAGAUACCAAUCAUCUUCAAACCUCUGCAAAUCAUUGGCUGAUUCAAUUACCCACAAUAUCAAUACAGAGUCUCAACUAUUCAACUUUAGGUCUUCUCAAUCCACCCCCACCUUACUCCUAUGCGACAGAACAAACGAUCCUGUCACUCCACUUCUCUCUCAAUGGACAUAUCAAGCAAUGGUACACGAUUUGAUCGGUUUAGAAAAUGAUAAAGUGGAUUUACGCGCUUUUGACAACAUUUCUCCUUCUCAGAAGCAACUUCUUCUAUCUCUCACUUCAGACAACGACUCAUUCUACACCCGCAACGCUUUUGCAAACUUUGGUGACUUGGGUGCAAAUGUCAAGCAAUAUGUCAGUGAUUAUCAAGCCAAGAUAGGUGGGAAUGACAGUGUAAAAAACAUUGAAACUAUCAGCGAUAUGAAAAAAUUCGUUGAGUCAUACCCGGAGAUGAAAAAGCUAGGCAACAACGUCAGCAAGCACGUUACGUUGAUUGGGGAGCUAUCUAAACUUGUUGAUGAUAAGAAGUUGCUACAGGUGUCUGAAUUAGAGCAGUCGCUCGCUAGCAAUGAGAGUCAUUCAUCGGAUUUGAGGGCCAUCAAAGAAAUGAUAGACAGCCCCGAUAUACCACAAGAAAGCAAAGUGCGUCUCUCUAUUCUCUAUGCACUCCGCUAUCAGAAAAUGCCAUCGAAUGCUAUCCAGGCGGUAGUAUCGCAACUGUUACAGCAAGGCAUCCCACAGCAUCGGGUUGCGUUGGUAUAUGUGAUGCUAAACUUAGCCGGAGCGGACAAGCGACAGGAUGAUUUAUUCAUGAAUGACAAUUUCUUCAGUCGGGGCAGAUCGGCGUUGAAGGGAUUACAGGGGGUUGAGAAUGUGUAUACACAGCACACUCCGCAUCUCUCCCAAACGGUAGAUCUGCUAAUGAAGGGGCGGUUAAAAGAGAGCAGCUAUCCUGCCAUGGCGCCUUUCUCGCCAACGCAGCAACAGCCUGAUGCUAGUGUGUAUACUUACAGACCGCAGGAGGUGAUAGUCUUUAUCGUCGGCGGCACGACUUAUGAAGAGGCUCGCAGUGUGACGCUGCUUAAUGAACAGAUGGCUAAAGAGGGAAGUGCGUCGAGGGUUAUCCUUGGUGGGAACACAGUCCUUAACAGCCGUCAAUUCCUCGAUAUGAUGGCUGACGCGGCGACACACUUCGCGCCUACCGUGUACAAAGCGCCAACGAACACAGGUAAUGCACAGAACCAGCAACUCUUGGGCAAUGUCCCCGACCUCGAUAUUGAUCCUGAGAGGUUGGCAUCGGCGGCCAAGUCGUGGAUACAGAGGGUGCGCGAUGACAUAGAGGACAGGAUAAUGAUUUGA